AGAUUUAUAUAGAUUGUAACGAUAAAUACAUGAAAUUGUACACAUUACGUCUUUGGAAGUAUGCCGCAUUUAAUUUAGAAUACACGUGUUUUUGAUCUGUUUGAAACUCGACAAUUUUCGAAUGAAGAUUUCGGUAUUUGCAAAAUUUUAUUGCUCUUGAUUUGUUCUGUAUUUUUGUACAAUACAUGUGAUGUCUAUUUUCAGCUUUCUUAUAAAUACAUAAAUAUCUAGCAUAUCCAGCAUAUCUAUAAGAUUCUGCAGCGACAUUAGAGACAUAAUUUAAGUACCAGAUACCAUUUAAGACCUCAGAUUUUAAAGCUAAUUUGCCUGGUCUAUGUCGACUGUGGAACCUAAUUCAGGUCCAUGAACGUAAUCCGUUUACCGUUGCGUUCGUUGUGAAACGCAAAGUGCGAAAUGUGUAAGGGUCUCGUUGGUCGUACACGGGUAUGAAUGGGUCCUCGGGGUCUCGGUUCGCGAAUCGGAGCGGGCAGGGGGGUAGCCAGCAGCGGCUCCCAACAACUAACAGCCAUGACGGCACGGUGGCAGCAGCACUGAGCAGCACCGAGGCUGAGGCUCGGCUCUUAGCUCUCGAAAUCUGGGGGAGUAGCGCCGCUCGCGGGAAUAGCCCACCAGCGGAGCGGUACUCGCUCUGCCCGUUUCGUGCGCCAACGAAAUAUCUUCGACUAGACUGAAACUUCUUCGGGCACCGAAUCUAAAAAAUCUCCACUGGCAUGGAGCUAGGAGUACACUGAUAGUGAUAGUCUACAAGAUCUUGGUUUCUAUGCAUUGCCUGCCAAAGAAGAACUGAGCCCAAUGUUUCCACACAAUUCUAGUUCACAUGAGAUUUCUACAGAAACAAAUGCCUUCGUACAAAAUUCCAUGAGGGAUGAAGUAGUAUUAGGAAAAAACAGUCCGGUAGGGGUUGGGGAGGGAAGAGAAUUAGAAAAUGAUAGGUACUGUGAUAUCGAAUCCGCUAACAACAAUAUGAUGGCCAAACCUAUUAGCCAUCUCGAAAAUACCGCCGCCAAUGACUUUUUAACCGUCCUGUCGAACCAAACUGGCAAGUUUGUCUUGACCAGUCGAAGCUCGACCUGCCAGUCAGUGGCGUCGUCAACCACAAAAAACCCAAUAAAAAAUCUUCUAACUUACGAUAAUAAAAAGAAUAAUAAUAGUAAUAAUUACGAUAACAGUAAUAAUAAUCCUAAAUUAAAUGGUCGCUCAAAUCGAGCGGAACGUAAUCAUCGAGACGAUCGAAAAACAGUGAAUACAACAAAAACAAAAACAUCAACAAAAACAACAAAAACGACAACAAGAAAAAGAAAAGAAUCGGGCUCGUCCGGCAACCAGAAAGCUCCGGACAGCUCCGCCAAUAACUCUAAGUCUAUGUCUAAGACAUUAAGUGAUAAUAAGACUAGCUUUAGCAUACUAAACAUUAGGGUACUAAGUAUAAGCGUAAAUCUACGAUUAACAGGAGAUAAGUGUGCAAUCGACGAAGGGGUACCUAGCCUAGUUAGGAUACCCAAGUCUGAUCGCCCCUCGUCAGGCCGCUUUUCUCUCGACUCUCUUGACAAUUACUCCUUAUUAGGAUCCUGCCUUCAUCCAGGCAAAUACAAUAACGUUAAGUCUAAUUAUAAUAUCCUAAGUAAUAAUAACGAUAACUACAAGUCUGUGAUAUUGCUCAGCUCAACCAGUAACCAUUAUGAUUUCCUCCGCGUUCAAAUGGACGGUGGUGCGAUCGCAAUGAGACUAACUUCGACACCUUUCGAUCCAUUCGACUCUUCUUUCGACGAUUCAUCGUUCUCCUCUUCGCGACGACGAAGAACACCGGUUGUUCAGCCAUUCACGAUCUUACUCUCGUUCAACGUUCGACUCUAUAACCGAAUGCCAAAACUCUUCGAGCAUCUUCGAUCAUCGCCCUCCACCGAAGAUCGGAUUCAUCGGGGUAUCGAGACCUUUUCGUCGACGUUGCAAUGGCUACUCUUCGAGAACGAAUCUCUUGGUCCGUUUCUCAUUACUCCGGAAGACUUCGUUUCAUCCGAGCCGUGGAUCAAAUCAGCGAUCAUCGGAUCUACCUUCGUGGGAAUCAACGAAGAAGCUUUUAGUCAUCGGUCGAUCAAGAUCCGCGAAGUGAAACGAGACGAUCGGUCGUCGGCCGAGGAAGAUGGGAAGGAAGAGCAAGAGGAAUCAAGUUCGAUCGGUGAAGGGAAAUACGUGGCCACCAGUUCUUCCAUUACGCUUAUCGUUCCCGGAAACGAGUUAAACGACCAGCCUCUGCGACCUCUCCCAUUGAGCAAAGUGCCGAAACGCGCACAAUCUUCUCCUUUGUGGCUCGACCUGGUCGUAAGCGAGCUGACGCAACGCGCAUGUGUUCCACUCUCGUUAGAUCGUAAGCUUUAUGUGGUUAAACUUAGAGAGACUACUCAUGCUUUCAACGAACAAAUCGCAACCCGAAACGUUGUCAAAACUAUCAACCGUGUCGUUAACCGACUGGAAUGGAUCGAAUCUCGGACCGACGAAGACGAUGACGACGAUCGCUCUGUUGGAGCACUCCGUUCUCGCGGUUCCAUUAAUUAUUAUUGCCAAAAUUUACGCGAGUCAAUAGAGGGAGACGUUUCUAUUAAUUCUUCAACGCGCUCUAGUUCAUUUAAACGAACGAACCCGAAUGAGCAAACUUACCAACAAAAUCGUGAGAUAGAAGCGAACGGAUUCGAUAUCGACCAGAAUAUUUUCGCUACGGAAAGUCUAAUAAAUCCUAAGCAAUUCGUACCAACGGAUACAACCUCUGAAACUGCUCGAUCCGUUGUCAGCGACGGUUCUAACGCUAUAUCAACGAACAUGGAUGCCAUUACGGUAGAUUUAUGCAAAGAACGAACCUCUGUGGCAAAACCCAUCGUUCCAUUCGCUUCGAAGGAUCGACGCUAUUCAACUUUGGAGAUGAACGACUAUGGUCGUGCUCGCCUCAUCGAUUAUGCAAGAAGCCUGAUCGCGGCGACCGUUGGAAUCUCGAAGAACGUGUCGCAAGCUCAUAAGGAUAAUCUGAAGCGCGUGUUGACGCUUUUGUUCGGCACCGACGAUAUCAAUUCUAAGUACAAGAAGAGAUGGGGAAUUCCUGGUAUUUUUCGACUGGCCGGCGGUGGCGAAAGCUCGUUGAACACCGGCGGCUCCACGAAUUGGGGUUCCACCCAGACAAGCACCACCGCCACCAACAACAACAAUAAUCAGUCAGGCUGGGGAGGAAGCUCGGGAAGCUCCGGAAAUAGCGGUGCGCCCGGGAAUUGGUCCGGAAACAGUGUAAACAGAUCCGUUGCUAAUAAUCCAAAUUCGAAUCAGAAUCAAGGACCUCCCGGUGGACAAAACGUGUCAGGCAACGUGAACAAAGUUAACAAUCCGAAUCAGCAAUCGAAUCAACAAUCUGGUCCACCGACGUCCCAGUCGAGCGGUACGAAUCAAGGCGGGCAAAACAACAACCAAUGGUCCCAGGGAAAGUCCAGCAAUCCCGGUGGGCCUGGUCAAAACACUUCUGUCCAAAAUAACAACACUUCGAGUCAGCAGCAGCAGCAGCAGCAGCAGCAGCAACAACAACAACAACAGCAGCAAAAUUCCAGUAGCAAUAAUACUCAACCUAAUAAUCCGACUCAGGGAUCUGUGAACAGUAAUAAUACGCCAGCGAGCAAUAACCCUUCGACGAAACAACAAUUGGAGCAGCUGAACACCGUCAGGGAAGCACUCUUCAGUCAAGAUGGUUGGGGCUGCCAAAACGUAAACCAGGACACAAACUGGGAUGUCCCAACUUCUCCGGAACCUAGCAUGUCCAAGGACGGAGGUGGAGUAUGGAAGACACCGGUGAACAACGGCACCGACCUGUGGGAAGCGAAUCUUCGGAACGGUGGUCAGCCUCCGCCUCAACAGCAAGCGAAAACUCCUUGGGGUCACACGCCGGCGACGAACAUCGGUGGGACUUGGGGUGAGGACGACGAAGCAGCCGACUCGUCGAACAUGUGGACUGCUGCUCCCACAUCUUCUCAGCCGAACUCAACUGCCGGCCAGUGGACAACUGGUACCGGUAAUCAACCCGGUAUGUGGGGAGAAUACCGUGAUGAUACAGGACCGAACUGGGGUGAUCCGCGAAUUGAUCAUCGUGAUCCCCGCGAUCUGCGUUCGGUCGAUCCACGAGAGAUGCGAGAUCCUCGCGAUCACAGAAUGUCGUUGGACCCUCGGGAGCACAUACGCGUGAUGGAUCCGAUGGCCCGGGAUCCCAGAAUGGCAGACAUGCGCGGCGAUCCUCGUGGAAUCUCCGGCAGGCUGAAUGGUGCCAACGCGGAUGCGAUGUGGGGACAGCCACCUGGCCCGCCUCAUCAUCAGAUGGCACACCAACAUCCUUCGGCGCCGCCGACCAAGAUGUUGAACCCUUCGAACAUAAAUCAGUGGACCGCACCGCCGCCGAAGGACAUAAUGCCAGGGAAGCCGACCGGUUGGGAAGAACCUUCGCCACCGACGCAAAGAAGAAAUGUCCCGAAUUACGACGAUGGUACCAGUUUGUGGGGAAAUUCUGUUGCCAAUCAGCGAGCCAUACCAGGCGGUAAAGUGUCUCACUGGAAGGAUCUUCCCACACCAAAUCUAGGAAGGGGAGGAAUGCAGUGCCCUCCGGGUAUGCCACAGAACAGAAUGCCAGGACAGCCUGGAAUGAAACCAGACGUUAGCGGACCAAUGUGGGGACAUCCGGCUCACGGUGGACGAAAUGGCAGUUGGCCAGAAGGACCGCACGACACGGGUUCGUGGGACGAUCCCAAGACGCCCAGUACUUGGAACGAGGCUCAGUUGAAUACUGGCACUUGGGGUGGACCUAGCGCGCACAAACCUAAACCGAUGGGACCCACUGGAAGCUGGGGCGACACCGAUAUGGAUCCUGCUCCUAGCUGGGGUCAUCCCACAAAACCCACCCUCACGAAAGAAGUUAUAUGGAACAGCAGAGAAUUCCGAUACCUCUGCGAUCUGGGUUUCAAAAAAGAGGACGUUGAGUUGGCAUUGAGAAAUCGCGAAAUGAACCGAGAGGAAGCUUUGGAACUCCUGAGUCAGGUACGGCCCUUGGAUCAGUGGAGACGACACGACGCACACUCCACUUACGACCCGACCAAUCAAGCUACAACUGCGCAAGCAUAUCCUCGAUUUAAUCACGUCGCACAGCAAAUGUCUUUCCCUCCGGUACAGGGUGCUGGAGUAUCAAGUGGGAAUGCAACUGGCAGCGUGGGAGGAUCAGUUGCUAGUGCAAGCUUAUUAAAGUUGCAACAGCAACAACAACAGACUACUGUUCCGUUGCAGCAACAGCAAUCUAGCAGCAAUGCGCCGCAACCGCCUUUCAAUCAGGCUUCCAGAGCUCCUCAGAAUCAACCGAGUACUCAACAACUGCGCAUGUUGGUACAACAGAUUCAGCUAGCCGUCCAGGAAGGUUACUUAAACCAUCAAAUUUUAAAUCAGCCACUCGCACCUCAAACUUUGAUACUCUUGAAUCAAUUAUUGCAACAAAUUAAAGUCCUGCAACAGCUUCAUCAACAGCAAUCGGUGCAAAGUACAAUGAAGGGUAAUAGCCAGUCUGUUCUUCAGAUCAGUGUGCAAAUAACAAAAACAAAACAGCAAAUAGUGAACCUCCAAAAUCAAAUCGCUGUGCAACAAGCUACUUACAUGAAACAGCAACAACAGCAACAACAGCAGCAGCAGCAACAACAGCAGCAACAACAUCCUGUACCGCCGUCUCAGAGCUCCGAAUACUAUAAAAACUCUGUACACGAUCCUAUGUCGGCAUUGCAAAAUAGCUUUACAGACCUAACGAUGAACAAGGAACCUCCUGUUAGUCAGCAGCAAUCGAGACUGAAUCAGUGGAAGUUACCUUCGUUGGACAAGGACGGAGAGUUAGUUACGAACGAGUUCUCGAGAGCGCCAGGAACUACCAGUAAGCCAGCAGCUACACCGGCUGGUUUAGCACGGUCACACAGUAGUCCUAACAUGAAUCCUUUGUUGGGUCAAGGAGAUGGUACAUGGUCCACCAGGCUCGGAGAGAGCGGAUGGCCUGAUCCAGGUAACACAGACUCUACUGACGGAAAGGAUUGGCAGCCUACUGGCGCAGCUGCUGGUGCUGCUGCCUUCACCGACCUCGUACCUGAAUUUGAACCUGGCAAGCCAUGGAAGGGUACCCAGAUGAAAAGCAUUGAGGAUGAUCCUAGCAUUACUCCGGGCUCUAUCGUCCGUUCGCCGCUUUCUCUAGCAACGAUCAAAGAUCCAGAUGCAAUUUUCUCUUCGAGCAGCAAGACUUCGCCGCCACCGCAGCAGCCUGCGAAUCCUGAUAUAUCUAUACCAAGCUUGAGCAACUCUACAUGGACAUUCAAUCCACCUGCUACUACUCCAAACGCAUUUACAAGCUCGAAGAAUACUUGGGGCGAAUCGGCGCCUCCGCCGACCGCCGUGACUUCGGAGCUCUGGGGGGCACCGAUGAGCAAAGUACGCGGCCCUCCGCCAGGGUUGAGCAGCAAAGCGACAGGAAACGCGAGCAACGGGUGGGCAGGUUUCGGCACCGUGACCAGAUCCUCCUCGUGGGGCUUUCAAUCGAGCACGAACGCUGCCUGGGUUUCUACCUGGUUACUACUUAAGAAUCUGACGCCUCAAAUCGAUGGUUCUACUUUGAAAACCCUCUGCAUGCAGCACGGUCCCGUUCAAGACUUCCGAUUAUACCUUAAUCAUGGAAUUGCUUUAACCAAAUACUCGUCCAGAGAUGAGGCUAUCAAGGCACAAGGUGCUCUGAACAAUUGCGUCCUGGGCAACACAACAAUAUUCGCUGAAUCGCCGGCGGACACCGAGGUGCACAGCUUGCUGCAGCAGCUGAGCCACGGAGGAGGAGGUCAGCAGCAAGCCGGAGCGACGGCAGGAGCCGGAUGGGGCCUGCGUCCGUCGAACAAGACUGGGCCGCCGUCUGAUACCUGGGGCGGCAACUCGAGCCAACUGUGGGGCGCCCCGCCUAGCAGCAAUUCGCUCUGGAGCAACGCCGGUAUCGACAGCAACGAUCAGCAACGUGCUACGCCUAGUUCUCUGAACUCGUACUUACCCGGAGAUCUUCUGGGAGGUGAGUCGAUGUAGAGUGCCGCGCGGAGGAGCGGUCUCACUCGUACGACGACCAACCCUUCUACUUCACGACACGUCAAUUAUACCGCGUACACACCUAUUCCGCAGACGAUGGACCGGUUCUCGCGCUGAUAUAAAGUUACUUAAAGACCGUUCGCUUCGUUUUCGCCACCAGCGACGAUCCGAUUUCUCUAUUUAUUUCCGUUUUCUAACAUUCCGUUUACACGCCGAAUAUCUGUCUUACCUCGGUGACAGGACGGGGAAGAAUCGGACAAUUAGGGCUAGGGGAGGGUAUCGUAUCUCGAAUUUUUCAACGCCUUCGAUGUGCGCCGUGGUUUAUCGUGGUGGCCCUCGCCGUUUCGAAUUCAAAUUAGUAUUCUCUUUACGAUACCUGUGACAUUGCUUACGUUGCAACCUUUGGUAUUUUGCUAUUUUAGGGUAAUGUAAUACCUGUUCGUUUCACCUGGUUAUAUAUCUACAUCAUGUAUAUUGCGAAGUUACGAUGCGCGUAUGUUUGUACAUAGUGCGCACCAGCUACCGAUAGACACGUCCUAUCUUCUAUAUUCUACGAUAACGUUUCGAUCGCUGAAUUAGUAUUCUUCCUGUUCGGGUCGCGUUAUCAACUCAGCAUACACCAUAUUUCCACCUGAUAUUCUAUUUACGCAGAAAUAUGUAUUAUUAGCAUGUUCCAAUGUUUAAGUUGAUGUAUGCUAGACUACUUAGAAUAUCCACCGAUGUUUUAAUAUCUCGAAUUAUCACCUAGCGCCUAUCGCGGGGUCUGACAAAUCUUCGCGUAGUAUUCAAAUACGUUUUCAAUACUACCGGAAUAAUUUCCAUUUCAUUCUACCGAACUUGAUUCGAAUCCUGAAUCGUGAACCGCUCUUAUCGCGCUAGUGUAAUUUGUACUGAAAUUGAAACAUCGAUGCGCAAGUUCAUUUCGCGAAAGUAGAAAUUCCGAAUCAUUUUACUUAUAUAUAUUACGAAUUUGAGCACAAACGGUAGAAAGGUGAGAUGAUGAAAUUUAAAUUAAAUUAAACUAAACUAAACUAAAUUAAAUUAAAUUAAAUUAAAUUAAAAGGGUACGUGCAUAUAUAACCGCAGCCAUUAGUUUCGAUGAGAUGAGAACGAUAUACGUUGGCUGCUUCUAGAAUUUCUAGAGAGAACGUCGCCACGCUGUCGACAGUUUAAGAUCGCGCGUGCAAGAAAGUAUAAAAGUAUGAUCAAUGGUCUCUCGAGUGUUCCACUCAAUUUGCUCUGAACAGUUUCCUUCAAUCGAGACUGCGAUGCGUAUCAAACGUAGACUGUACCAAUCUAAUCAAAACGAAACAAACAAGAAAAAUGAAAAAAUGCGGAAAGAAUGAAUAGGGUAUGAAUGAAAGGGUAAAUGAUACGAGGAGAAGAGAGGCGGAAUGUUACCUCUUAAAAAGGAAAAAAAUGACAAAAAAACACAAAAAAAAAACAAAAACCUAUAAGCAAGGAUCUGCAUUAACGCUUUGGGCUAUACACGUAUACCUCUUCCAUUGACAACGGUGAUAUUGAAUCGAAUUUUUAGUCAAUAUUCUAUAAUAAUUUACACGCGCGGCAGUGACAAAAAUAAAAGCUUUGGUUGUCGUUGAUAUAAAGUUAGCGUUAGUAAAAUUAGAUGAUGUGACGAUAUAUAAUUAUAAUUUUUAAUUGCGCGUUGUUGUUCCGAUUAGAAGGUUGAGAUCGGGCGGACGAAGUUGUCGCGGAUAAACAAAUUAUCAUUGACGGGUGAAAAUUAUACAAUGUUCGAAAUGACGAUGGUAACGAUUAUUCGUCGCGAUGAUGAUCGUUACUGUUACCGCUGCCACGUAUUUUAUAUACUCUGAUUUAUCUUCUCGCGGUACCGCGGCGGGAGAUCGUUGUGUUUUUCGUGUUUCGCUAAAAAUCGAUUCUCUAUCGUAGAACGCCCAGAAAGUUUGGAAGCGAUGAUAAAUCAGGAUCCGAGUUGUUGCGACGACAACAAAAACGAUACCAAAUGUUAUCGCAAUAACGUAAAUUUUAUUCUAUAUUAAAUCUAAAUGCCACCCGUCGUGCCAAUGCCCAGCGUGUCUCUUUACCAUUUAUUAAUUAUAGAGUUAGAACGGAAUACGAUAUAAUUCGAUGUUUUUUAUCUAGCUAUCUUUGUCUGUCUGUUGUCUGGCUAUCUGUGCGUGGCUUCAUCUCUCUCUCUCUCUAUCUCUAUCUUUCUCUCUAUCACUGUCUGUCUGCCUACCUACUUACCUGUCGCUCGGUUACUCUCUGCAAUUUAAAUCAUACGAGAAAGAAAGCGCGUAGACCGCUUCCCAUUGGUUAACAUCGAGAUCCAUAGAAAUUUUCAACAGAAGUUGCCUCUUUGGAAAAUAAUUUCAAGCUCUUCGAUCGCACAGUGACGUAAUCUGUUCUUCAGACGAAAAUCUUAUAGCAAGAUAAUAGAAUAGAUUGGAUAAAGUAAAUAAAAUAAAAUUGCUUCGAAUUAAAAUAACGUUGGUCUAUAAUAAAAGACACAGCAAGGACUCGUUAAUUGCGUGUAUGCUCAAGUUGCGUACUUAUUAUACUUUUUGAAGAUGUCUUUUAACGUACUCAAUUAAUUCUCUUAUAUUAGAUAUGAAAUGUUAAAUAUAUUCGUUUACUAUUAUCAGCAGAUUUUAACAAAUCUGUAUUUAUUAGGCGAGGAGCCUGUAACGAUGCCGAAUGAAAAUGAAAUAUGUACAUAACGUAAAUAUGUUAACAUAAGAUGUUAACGCCUCGAUCCUAGUAAAUGAAAGCUUUAUUUGUUUUAUUCGAGGUAAUUCGUAUACUUGUUGUAUUUAUUUAUGUAUUCCAUUUUUUUUCCGAAAGGGAAAUAAGUUGAUCGAUUUGAAAAGCUUGUAGCUAUAUACUGUUACCUACUUUCAAGUGUAUCCGGCAAUAUUUAAUCAUAAAUAGACGUUAGUUCCUUAUAGACGUAGUUCUGCGACAAAGAUUUCAUACGUUUCUCGAGAUGACACCGGAGUUUGAAGCUCGAAAACGCGAAAGUCGCCGCGAUUUUAAUCAAACUAUUUCCUUACCAGUAACGAGUCUGCCCUGUUUGCGUUGUUACUAGACCUAUCGUUAAGUUAAGAUUAGAGUAUCGAAGGAUAUUGUCCGCUCGUGGCGAUUUUUUCAAAUAUUCUCUUAAUCUCUCUGCCAAAGUUUGGAGAGUUUAUUCUUUUAUACUUCUUGUUGAUUUUUAGAUUGAAUAGUACAAGUCUGUGCGACGACGUCGUGUCAAAAAUAAAACAACGAACGAUCGUUUCUUAUGAAAUAUUAUAGUAUUUUAAAAAUUGAAAUAAUUUUUAUACGCUUUGUUUAAACCUGCGUCGAACAAAUGAGUGAAGUUGAUUCGCGAACGGUUCUUCAACUCGGGCUAAGAUUUACAUGACUUUUUCAAAUUUUUCUUUUAUCCUUUCAUUUAUUUUUGUAGUAUUUUUUUCCAGCGUAAUCAAAUAUAAAAAUAUCGAAUUGUUUUGAAUCAAUUAUAAUAAUAAUUUUAUUAUUUUGUAAAUAUAUUUAUGUUUAGCUUGUAAUAAACACCGGUUUUAAUUUGCAUUAGACGAUUCGAGGUACGAAGACAAAAAUUAAACGCCGAGAUUUAGUGUGGUUGUUAGAUUGGUAUAAUAAGUAAAUACAUUUAUAAUUGUUGCUAUGGUGAACAGUGUUAUUUUAGUUUUUAUACAGCAAC